AUGCCACAAGCACCAAGAAUUCCUCCCGCUUUGUGGGAAGCCGAAAGACCUCGCAUAACUGAGCUGUACGUCAAUCAAGACAAGACUCUCGACGACGUUAUCCAGAUCAUGACUGAAUCUGGCUUCCAUGCUACGAGAGCCCAAUACAUUCGCAAAGUGAAUGUCAACUGGAAACUGCAAAAGAAUUACACCAAAGAAAAAUGGCAGCAUGCGAGCGCUUUAGUCACCAAGCGUGAGGCUGAGGGAAAGACAACCCAGCUCAGCAUCGAUGGUAAAGUCAUACCAGAGAAGAGGAGGAAGAAAGAACUGAGAAGAUAUCAUGUUCCGCAACUCGAGGAAGAUUGUGAGUGCAACAUGCUUGGAUACAGACAUCUGCUAAAUGUGUUUGAAGUCGUUCGUACUAGCGACUGUGGUGUGGUUGCUUUAACACCGCCAUCAUCGAGCUCGAAGAUUGUUUUCAUCAACAACCUCCCUUGGCUGAACUUCCGAGAAAGUUUCACUAGCCUGAGUGAGUUUGGUCUCAGCAUAGCCGUCAUAUAUCAAUACUGA